AUGCUUUGGCUGGAUCAGCCUACAAGCGUCGGGUUCUCGUACAGUUCUGGUGGAGACCACGACUACAACGAGAAGGACGUGGGCGAAAACUUGUAUUGGUUUCUGCAGGGUUUUAUUGAGAUGCAUCCGGAGUUUGAUGGACGAGAGUUCUUCUUAACUGGCGAGAGCUAUGGUGGACAUUAUGUCCCUGGAGCGGCACACUACAUAUGGGAACAAAACAAGAAGAACGAGGUCACUGGCGUAAAGAGCAUCAAUCUACAAGGAAUCGCGGUUGGGAACGGAUGGACGGACCCAGUUGUGCAGUACCAACACGCUCCUGAUAUUCUCGACAACUCGUAUAACAUCACGCUGCUCGACGAAGCGGUGGCUGAACAACUCAAGGUCAACGCUGCCAAAUGUGCUCAACUGACGCGCGAGUGUCAGCAAUCUCCCAAUAACUCAUCAUGUGUCGAGCAAGACGCGUUCUGCUUCGAGAACGGCUUCCUUGCACUCUCCGCCAACCAAACUGGUCGCAACCCCUACGAUGUGAGGGAACACUGCGAUUGGGUGGACUUUGGCUUUUGCCAUGGUAUUCCGCUUAUCGAGGAGUUCCUCGCUCAAGAUGCAGUGCACAAAUAUUUGAACGUUGACCGCGACUGGGUCGGGGGUAGUGCCGAAGUAGCCGAAAACUUUGUCAUCGAUACCUUGCAGUCGUUCGACAGUUACGUUGCGGAUCUAUUGAACAACGACGUUCGAGUGCUUCUGUAUAUCGGUGAUGCUGAUGCAAUGUGCAACUGGUGGGGUAAUAAAGCUUGGAUCGACGCUCUCGAGUGGAAGGGCAGCGAGGGCUUCAAUGCAGCGGAGGAGAAGUCGCUGCUGACUCAAGACUUGCUUAACCCUAAUGCUGCUCCGACGGAUACUGGUACGGCGAGAUCUUUCGAGAACCUUGCUUUGGUGCGCGUUUUCAACUCGGGCCACAUGGUGCCGACGCAUCAACCUGCUGCGUCCUUAGAUCUCAUCAACAAAUUCUUCAAGAAUGAAGCGCUAGCGUAA